AUGGGAAAUCAAACUGCAAUCACAGAAUUUGCACUAUUGGGACUUUCAAAUGAUCGACAGAUACAGAAGUUUCUAUUUUUUAUUUUUCUGAUUAUCUACACUACAACAUUACUAGGAAACUCUUUAAUCAUAAUGGUAAUCAGGACUCAGCCUGGUUUUCACAACCCCAUGUUCUUCUUCCUUAGUCACCUGGCUUUUACUGACAUUUGCUACUCCUCAGUCACUGUUCCAAAGAUGCUGGAGAAUUUCACAGCCAGGCAAAAAACCAUUUCCAGGUUGGGAUGCAUUACACAAAUAUUUUUCUUUACCGUUUUUUGCUGUGUUGAUAUUUUCUUGCUUCUAGCAAUGGCAUAUGAUCGAUAUGUUGCCAUAUGCGAUCCACUACAUUAUUCAACAGUUAUGAAAAAGCAAAUGUGCAAAUUGUUGGUGAGAGGAGCCUGGCUGAUGGCUCUCUUGGAUGCUUCACUCAAUACCUUUCCUUUGACUGAUUUGACCUUCUGUAGAAAGAGUUCAAUUAACCACUAUACCUGUGAACAACCUGAACUUUUGAGUUUGUCUUGCAGUGACUCCUUCCCCAGUUAUACAGUAAGACUUGUUUCUACUUUCUGCUUUGGUUUCAUUCCCUUCCUUUCCAUGAUUAUAUCUUAUAUUUAUAUUAUUUCAUCUAUCUUGAAGAUUCGUUCCGCAAAAGGCAGGAGCAAAGCUUUCUCCACCUGCAGUUCCCAUCUCAUUGUGUCUUCCAUGUUUUUUCUUUCAGCUUUUUUCCGAUAUUUGAAGCCAAGUUCAUCUCUUACAGAACUGGACACAGUGAUCUCUAUCCAGUACAAUAUUUUGACUCCAAUGUUAAAUCCAAUCAUAUAUAGCCUAAAAAACCAAGAAAUAAAAUCAAUCAUAUGGAAAAGUUUUGGAAAAUGCAGAUAA